CGUCCGCCGAGCGCAGCCGAGGUAUAGGCGUACAGGAGAGAGCAGCCUCGUUGCCGUCCGCUGUCAGCUAAACAUGGCGGCGUCCGAUCUCCCCGACGAGCUGUGGGCGCGCAUCCUGGAGCUCGGCGCCGCCUCCGCCGCGCUGGGGUUCCGCGACCUCUGCUGCCUCGCCAUCGCCUCCCGCCGCCUUCGCCGCCUCUCCCUCCACCCCUCCCUCUGGUCGACCCUCCUCUCCCGCGACUUCCCCUCCCAAUCCCAGCCUUCCUCCUCUUCUCAGCAGCAGCAGCUCGACCCCAAAUCCCUCUACAAAACCAAGUUCGAGAGGCACAAGCUGCGGAUGGCCGAGGCGAGGCGGCGGGCUGUGUACGAGGCGGAGGGGCGGCUGCUGGCGUGCCGGAAGCGGCUGACGGAGCUGGAGGGGAGUAUCCGCGCGGAGGGGGAUAGGAUGAAGGCCGCCGCGCAGGAGCUGGACAACCUCGAGAGGGUCAGGAGAGCUUCUGUGGCAUUGAACGUAUGGCAACCACAAGUAGUCCGUGGGCGACAGAAACAGUUGGUUCAACAAUGCACUGUUCCUGUUGAUUCUCGUCUUAGCGAUCUAUGCAUGGAGCUGAAAGUUUGUAAGCAACAAAUAGCAACUUACAAGAACGUUUACAACAAGGAGAAGCUGAAGUUGAAUGAGUGUGAGGAAGCACUGAGACGAGCAAAAUAUCAUCCACUGCAGAAUAGUAGUCAUACAAGCUCAGCUGUCCAUGAACCUCAAGCGAAGAGGAAGAGGCUGAAAUAAAGGUGUCUCGUGGCUGUUGGAGACGAAUCAAAGCCAGACGGUUCUGUUUCCCAUCCUUCCUGCAGUGGAGGAGGUUGCCCAAGAACCCAGAGCCCUACUGCAAUGCAGCAAGUGCUACGAUAUGCAUCUCAGUGGAAAUAUGCUGAUGCACACUGCAGAUUCUC